AUGUCAAAGGGAAAGGUCGAGGCCAUGACCAUGCAACUGUUCAGCUGGCUCGAUUUAUCCCAUCUCGGCCAUUUCCAUCACCGCUCGACUUGGGCUGCCACGAAUCUCUCCGGCCCGUCUCUGCCCGCCCGCCCGCCCGCCCGCCCCCCACGCCAUCCUCCAUCAAUCGACCAUCGCUGCCACUGUCAAAGCGCCAGGAUUUCUGUUCUCCUGCAUGUUCACGAGAUUUUCACGGAGAAUGAUCGAACUCAUCUCCCAUCUAUAGCCCGCAGCAGCCACAGACGCGACGACCGACUUCCCACUGUAUCGCCUCUGCGCCUCCGCAGGCGAAUCACUUAUCUUCCACCCGCCUCCCACGCCGGCCCCCGAUUUAGCCCGCCCCCGAGAUCCCCGCCCGCCCUCGGACCUCCACCCGGUCCGUCCUCGCCCCCGGGUGCCUCCAUUCUUAGCUUGGAGCCGAGCCCGUCCUCUGCUACGAUAUCUGCCCCGCCAGCUCUGUCGUCAAGCCCCAAGCAGCAGCCCCGCCCACGGGUGCCCGAGCGCCGGUUUUCAACGGGGGGGCGGGCCGGUGGACUCGCCCGGCGGAGCUCUGGAGCAAGACCGCUAAAAAUAGUGGGCUCUGUAGAUGGGACUGUGUAG